AUGGACAGGCAGCAAGGGCAGGAAAGUCCCGCAGCCCUAGCACUAGCCCAGGCUCAUUUCAAGAAAGGUGAAUACGCGGAGGCCGAGGCGCUGUACUCCGCUUACAUUCGCCAGUGCGCCUGUGCAGCCUCGGAGGGAGCAGCACGCGGGAGCAAAUGCAGCCCUGAGGAUUUGGCUACUGCAUUUAACAACAGGGGGCAAAUCAAGUACUUCAGGGUUGAUUUUUAUGAAGCCAUGGACGACUACACAUCUGCUAUAGAAGUCCAACCCAGUUUUGAAGUUCCAUAUUACAACAGAGGCUUGAUAUUGUAUAGGCUGGGAUAUUUUGAUGAUGCUUUGGAAGAUUUCAAGAAAGCAUUAGACUUAAAUCCUGGAUUUCAAGAUGCUGUUGUGAGCUUAAAACAGACUAUUCUAGACAAAGAAGAAAAGCAAAGAAGAAAUUAUUGAAAAUUUUAACUCAUGAUCCUAAUGGCUGGCAUCUCCUUGUCUUUAAUUGAAAGCUGGUGUUAAACUGUUUUGAUUUAUAUUUAAGAUAAAGAGAUUCAUGCAUCAGCAAUGAAAGUUAAAUGCUAUACUUGAGGUAAUUGAUUUUAGGUUGAGUAACUAUGUUGAGUAGGUAUGCUUUUAUAAAGUGUAAUAAUAAUAAUGUAUAAUUGUAUCUUAUUACAGUACAAUGUCUAAAGAAAUGUGUGGUAUUUUCUUCAGGAAAACUGUUUUGCUGUUUUUUAUUCCCAACUUUUUAUUUAAAAAUUUUUACCUCCACAGAAAAUUGGAAGUAUGGUACAAUAAACACUUUUAAACUUUUCACUGAGA